AUGUCAUCCACCCAACCACUCCAGCCUUGGGCUUGGCCCUGGCUCUUGUUCUUCGUCUGGGUUCUUAUCUCCGAGAUAGCCGCUGCAGAUCAAGAAAAUCGGUUCCGCUCCGAGAAAUACGCCCACGGCUUCGAAGGUCCAUUCCCUUCACAGCUGUUUUCCAGUUUUUUCGCGCAAGGCCCUAUCCUCAAUUACUGGGAAAAGAGUCCCGCGUGUGAUGAUGGGUUGUAUACUAUUAUUUCGCCGCGGGGCACUUCGGUACGGCAUUCUGGACCUAUGAUUCUUGAUAAUGAGGGCCAUAUGGUUUGGUUUAAGGAGUAUAAGACUACGUAUAAUGCGAAUGUGUAUGAAUACAAGGGGGAACGGUAUUUGACUUUUUGGGCCGGGGAUGAUACUGUUCGUGGACAUGGGGAGGGGACGUUGUAUAUGUUGAAUUCUCAUUAUGAAGAGAAAUAUAAACUGCGCGGCUCGAGCGGGCGUCCUGUUGAUCUUCAUGAAUUUCAUAUUACUUGUGAUGAGACAGGUCUGCUUACUGUAUAUGAUGUACGAUCGGUGGAUCUACGGUCAAUCGGAGGCCCAGAAGCUGGUUGGAUCUAUGAGAGUAUUUUCCAGGAAAUCGACAUCGAAACCAACGAGCUACUCUUUCAAUGGCGCGCUUCUGAUCACUUCGACUAUUCAGAUGUUGAAAUAGAGUAUAAUGGCGCGGGCACUUCGCUCCAUGAACCAUGGGACUGGUUCCAUAUCAACAGCGUCGACAAAGACGAGUCGGGCAAUUACCUAAUUUCAUCACGAUAUACAAAUUCCCUCGCAUAUAUUGAUGGAUCAAACGGCAAUGUCCUCUGGCAAAUAGGUGGGAAACACAAUUCCUUCGAAGAUUUAUCAUCUGGCGCCGCGACAAAUUUUUCGAUAAUGGUUCUCGGGGGGAAAGAAUCGUCUCAAAAUCCGAGUCGAGGCCUCUUCAUUAAUAUCGACACUGUGAAUAUGACUGCCUCUGUUCGCGGACAAUAUUGGAACCCAGUCCCGAUUAGUAGCCAGUCUCAGGGAUCAAUGCAGGUUCUUGAAAAUGGCCAUGUAUUCCUUGGAUACGGGUAUAAUGCUGCCUGGACUGAAUUCGGAGAAGACGGGGAGGUGUUGUGUGACGUGAAUUUCGGUCCGAGGGUGGGUUUUGAAUUGGGUGAGAUUAUUUCUUAUCGCGCUUUUAAGCAGGAGUGGAUUGGUCGGCCUCUUACGCGGCCGGAUGUUGCGUUGUCGGGGACUGUGGCGGCUGUUAGUUGGAAUGGAGCGACGGAGGUGGCUACUUGGGUUUUGGAGGGAGUGAAGAGAUUGAGCUCGAAUGGGACGGGAUCUGGAUCAAUCGAGUUCAGUUUCAUUACUGCUGUUCCGAAGAAUGGGUUCGAGACUAGAAUUACUCUUCCUUUGGAUGUGGAGUAUACGACGCUGCGUAUUGUGGCUCUUGAUAAAUUUGGUGAAUACUUGGUUGCGACGCAGGGGAUGGAGUGGAAGCCUGAGGAAAUGAAUGAUGAGAUUGCUGCGUUUGGGGGCGACGAGGAUACUGAUUCUGAUGAUAGUAAAACUUUUGGUGAAGGGCAUAUUGCACCUGCUUUGCUUUUUGGUAUGGGCUUCAUCACUGCUGGGGCUCUGGCAAUUUGUGCAUGGCUCAUUUACAGAUGCCUACCGGGCAGCUUCUGUGGCCGGGGCUCUGGUCGAUCUCGUGGUCAUGCGAAGAAGCAUCAAGGAUGGAGUGAUGCUGAUCGUGGGGAAGAGCUAGAUGAUCUGGAACUUGAAUUUGGAGAUCGGGAUGAUGAAGCAUUGUUGAAAGCGCCUAUAGAAGGAUCCUGA